UAGAGACAGUGGGACACAGGACCCUGCAGCUCCACCUGCUUCAUGCUUAGACCUGCAUCAAGAUGGAUUUCCUUCAUAGGAGCGGAGUGCUUUUUAUUCGUCAUCUGCAGGAGGACUACCGGACUUACUAUGAUUUUCUAAAUUUUAUGUCCAAUGUUGGAGACCCCCGAAAUAUCUUUUCUAUUUACUUCCCACUUUGGUUUCAGUUGAAUCAGACUGUUGGAACGAAGAUGAUAUGGGUAGCGGUCAUAGGGGACUGGUUCAAUCUCAUAUUUAAAUGGAUAUUGUUUGGCCAUCGUCCUUACUGGUGGAUACAAGAAACUGAGAUUUAUCCAAAUCACUCAAGCCCAUGUCUUGAGCAGUUUCCUACUACGUGCGAAACAGGCCCAGGAAGUCCAUCUGGCCACGCAAUGGGUUCAUCGUGCGUCUGGUAUGUCAUGGUAACAGCUGCCCUAAGCUACACCAUCAGCCGGAUGGAGGAGUCCUCUGUCACUCUGCACAGACUGACCUGGUCCUUUCUGUGGAGUGUUUUCUGGUUGAUUCAAAUCAGCGUCUGCAUCUCAAGAGUAUUCAUAGCCACGCAUUUCCCCCAUCAGGUCAUUCUUGGAGUACUUGGUGGGAUGCUAGUAGCCGAGGCCUUUGAACACACUCCAGGAGUCCGCAUGGCCAGCUUGAGCGUGUACCUGAAGACCGACGUCUUCCUCUUCCUGUUUGCCCUCGGCUUUUACCUGCUUCUCCGACUGUUCGGCAUUGACCUGCUGUGGUCUGUGCCCAUCGCCAAAAAGUGGUGUGCCAACUCAGACUGGAUUCACAUUGACAGCACGCCUUUUGCUGGACUCGUGAGAAACCUCGGGGUCCUCUUUGGCUUGGGUUUCGCCAUCAACUCAGAAAUGUUCCUUCGGAGCUGCCAGGGAGAAAAUGGCUCCAAGCCGAGCUUCCGCUUGCUCUGUGCUCUGACCUCAUUGACCACAAUGCAACUUUAUCGCUUCAUCAAGAUCCCGACUCACGCGGAACCUUUAUUUUACCUGUUGUCUUUCUGUAAAAGUGCGUCCAUCCCCCUGACGGUGGUGGCUCUAAUUCCCUACUGUAUACAUAUGUUAAUGAGACCCGGUGAGGAGAAGAAGAUUAAAUAGAGCUGCAGUGCCCCUUGGUCCCAGGAUCACCUACUUCCUGUUUUCCUCAAUAGAGCCACAGCACAGAGACUGGGAGCAUCUCUACAGAGGUCACACCAUGAUGGCCAAAGGUCCUGCUCCACCCACAGACAUGUUUAGUCUGCUUUCCAAGUGGCAUUUAAAAAUAACAGUAUUUAACCAGAAAGUCCAUAUUUUCUUGACAAAACUGACAAUACGGUAACAUAUGAGAGAUGGUAUAGCCCAUGUAAAGACAGUUGACAGGGGCUGGAUGCUUACAUUCCAGUUAGCAGAAAGACUCCUUUUAAUCAUAGUAUUUAGCACUCAACAAAACCCCCAGGAGCUGAUGUUUCUAUCAUCUUAAAGCCUGGCUACUUCGGGCUCCUGUGGACCUCUUAGAAGUGACCAUGGUCAACUUUUACUUCUAGGAGUCAAUUCUUUCAAAAUUCUCAUGUAUCAGAUAAGGAAAUAGAGGUUUGUUCAGAUCAAGUAACUUGACUGCAAUAAUGCCGGGUUGGAACCAGAGUUGGAACACAAGGCUUCUAAUACAUAUCUCUAUAAGAAUGCUUUCUUUCUUUAUUUUUAGGGAGUUUAAAAAAAAAAGAAAAGAGCAAAUGCAUGUAUUUAAAGUCUAUGAUUGCCAUCUAAGACACCCAUGUUUUCAGAAAUGGCAUUGGGAUGCUACAUUCUGCUUGACUUAUGCCCAGAGUACAGUGUCCAGGCUAGCAAUGGCUGUAUAUAUUUCAAUAAACCUUGCUAAAAACAACCCACUG